UACAAACGAACAUAACACUCAUAAGUAAAACACUAGAGAGGUCAAAGUAGGAAGGAACUACAGGCUGAAGAACAUUUUUGAGAGAGAGAAGAGAGAGAAAGGAAAAGAUGCCGGUGAUGGAGAAACUGAAGAUGUUCGUAGCCCAAGAACCAGUCGUGGCAGCUUCAUGUCUCCUCGCUGGUGUUGGGCUCUUCCUUCCAGCAGUGGUCAGACCCAUCCUGGAUUCCUUUGAAUCAUCUAAACAGGUUCCACAGCCUGCUUUAAAAGAGGUGCUUGCGGGUAUGACUGGCAAAAAUCAAUAGGCAAUUUGUAUCAAGGAAGUAAUUGGCCACAGAGUUCAUGUUUUAACGUAAUAAAACCUUGUAUUACUUUCCUCUUUUUUUUGUAAAAUCGCUGCAAAACCAAACUUCAUUUAUGUGAAAAACUUAAGGUCGUGUCUAUCUUUUUGGUUAUUUUGAAUGUUUAAAAGAGACCAUCAAGGUUGAUUAAUAGUCGCUGUGAGCAUUGGGACAACGAUCUCAUGAUGUACUGAUCAUUCAAAUUAAUAAGCACCCUUGCUAUUUGAUGUUGCAAGUCUGCAAAA